CGCAUCAUAGAUGUUUAAAGGCCAGUGAACACACACCUCCUCAUGUAGACACUUGAAAAAUGGAGGUUGGCUUGAGAUUAGCAGUGAGUUUGUUUGAGCUGAUCAUUGUUCUGGUGUUGGGUGGGACUCUAGAUGAUCUGAAACAUAAGAUUCUCCCUACAGAAGCUCUCACUGCUGCUGCUGGCAGCGUCACAUUACCAUCAGAGCAAUGCAUCCUACAUGGUACUCCUCCUGCACCCGCAUUCUCACUGCAUGGAGAUUUUGUAAUUGGAGGCUCUUUCUUAAUUCAUUACAAAAUGCAAACGAUGAUUAAUAACUACACCAUCAAGCCUGAGCCUCUAAGAUGCACAAGCUUACAUCCCAGGGAGCUGCGCUUUUCUCGCACAAUGAUCUUUGCCAUUGAGGAGAUAAACAACAGCACAGAGCUGCUGCCGGGAAUCAAACUGGGCUAUCAGAUCCACGACACCUGCUCAUCUGUGCCUGUAGCUGUGCGUGCUGCAUUUCAGCUACUGAACGGCCAGGACCCCGUGUUUUACCAGGGCAGGAAUUGUUCUCAAUCUGGAGUGGUGGUGGCUGCUGUGGGAGACUCUGGAUCGACUUCAUCCAUCAGCAUGUCACGUAUCAUGGGGCCCUUCAACCUUCCUCUGGUGAGCCAUUUUGCAACUUGCGCCUGCCUGUCAGACAAACAAGAAUAUCCAACAUUUUUCAGAACCGUUCCCAGUGACCAGUUCCAAGCUGAUGCCCUGGCCAAGCUGGUGAAACACUUUGGUUGGACUUGGAUUGGUGCCGUCCACUCGGACUCGGAUUAUGGAAAUAAUGGCAUGGCAUCCUUUCUUAAGGCAGCAAACAGUGAGGAGAUCUGUGUGGAGUACAUUGAAUCAUUUUAUCGGACUGACCCACAAAGCAAGAUCAGAAGAGUUGCUGAUGUUAUCCGCAGGUCAACAGCAACAGUUGUUGUUGCGUUUGUAGCAGAUGGUGACAUGAAGGUUCUGUUAGAAGAGCUGGAUCUGGACCCUCCUCCACCUCGUCAGUGGAUCGGAAGUGAAUCUUGGAUAACAGACCCAAACUCCAUGAGCUUUGGUUUCUGUGCAGGAGCCAUUGGAGUUGCCAUUCAGAAAUCUGUCAUCCCAGGUCUGAGAGAUUUCCUCCUGGAUCUCUCUCCAUCUAAUGUCGCUGCCUCCUCAGUGCUGACUGAGUUCUGGGAAGAGGCAUUCAACUGCAGCCUGACAAAAACUGCAGUUCUAACCAAGAGACAGUGUGAUGGAACUGAAGAUAUUAAAGUGCUUGAAAACCCGUACACUGAAACAUCUCAGCUAAGAAUCACUAACAUGGUGUACAAGGCUGUUUAUGCUGUAGCACAUGCCAUACAUGAUGUUGUAUGUCAGGAAACAGAGAACAAGACAAAAUGUGACAAACACAGCUUUAUGGAGCCCAAACAGCUUUUAGCUGCAUUAAAGAAAGUGAACUUUACCCAAAACAGUUAUCAUGUCUCAUUUGAUAAAAAUGGAGACGCUGCGGCUUUUUAUGAACUUGUAAACUGGCAGAAAAGUGAGAGUGGAGUUACUGAACUGGUAACAGUGGGAUAUUAUGAUGCAUCUCUGCCAAAGGGCCAGGAGUUUCUCAUUAACAGGAAAUUAACCUGGUUUGACAGUGGAACACAAGUUCCAGUGUCAGUUUGUUCAGAGAGUUGUCCUCCAGGAACUCGUAAAGUGUUGCAGAAAGGAAAACCAAUCUGCUGCUAUGACUGUAUACCAUGUCCUGAAGGAGAGAUCAGUAAUAUGACAGAUUCUCUUGAUUGUUUACUGUGUCCUCAAGAGUUCUGGCCAAAUGCAAACAAAGACGCCUGUUCUCCCAAACCUGUUGAGUUUCUUUCAUUCGAUGAAGUCCUGUCAAUUAUCCUGACUGCAUUUUCUGUUGGUGGAGCCGUACUCACUGUCAUAACAGCAGUGAUUUUCUUCCAUCACAGAACAACUCCAAUUGUCAGAGCCAACAACUCUGAGCUGAGUUUCCUGCUGCUCUUCUCUCUGACUCUGUGUUUCUUAUGUUCAUUAACUUUCAUUGGAGCCCCCUCUGAGUGGUCCUGCAUGCUGCGGCACACAGCGUUUGGCAUCACAUUUGUUCUCUGUAUCUCCUGUGUUCUUGGCAAAACUAUAGUGGUUCUAAUGGCCUUUAAAGCUACACUUCCUGGUAGUAAUGCUAUGAAAUGGUUUGGUCCUGUACAGCAAAGAAUGACUGUUGUAUCUUUUACAUUUAUUCAAGUUAUAAUAUGUAUCAUUUGGUUGGUUGUGAGUCCUCCCUUCCCAGUGAAAAAUCUGACCACCUACAAGGAGAAGAUCAUCCUGGAAUGUGCGUUAGGCUCUGCUGUUGGUUUCUGGGCUGUGCUCGGCUACAUCGGCCUGCUGGCUGUGUUUUUUUUGUUAGCUGUUCUAGCUCGGAAACUACCUGAUAAUUUCAACGAAGCCAAGAUGAUAACCUUCAGCAUGUUGAUAUUCUGUGCAGUCUGGAUCACCUUCAUCCCAGCUUAUGUCAGCUCUCCUGGGAAAUUUACUGUGGCUGUGGAGAUAUUUGCUAUUCUGGCCUCCAGUUUUGGACUUAUACUGUGUAUAUUUGCUCCAAAGUGUUUCAUCAUUUUGUUUCAACCAGAAAAGAACACCAAGAAAAGUUUGAUGAACAAACACUGAUCAUAAAUUAGCUAAAGAUUAUCAGAUGUCAUGGUACAUUUUACUGCCAUUUGUAAACCUCAUUAUUCUUGGUUAAUUAGCAAUGCAUGAUGUUUUCUUAGUUCUCAUCAAAAAACGUAAUUUCUGUCUUGUUCAAGACACCUGAAUUGUGACUAUAAGAGAUGUUCUUUUACUUUGUAUGUUUUUAUGACAUAUAUUUUAUGUAUGUAUGUGUAAUGUCUGUUGAUCUAAUCUUCAAUUAAGUUGAGGAAAACUUUUAUCCUUAACUCUUCUCACUAAUACAUCCAGUCCACUUUAUCACACUGUAUCUGUUUGUGUCUUGCUUUUAUUACAUUAUUAACAGUCAAUAAACAUGUAUGUUUCUGUCUCGAAUGUUGAUUGUUUAUCAGGUUUUGUGGGGAGGGUUGCUUGC